GUUGUUGACCAGGCCAAGUGGCCAGUUUAGUUAUCUCUUUCUCUUCAAGUCAAUACUCAAUACCCUCAUAAAUCUUUCUCAUAAAAUCCCCAAAAAUGGUGUCAAUUCUUUCCAUUAUUUGAUCAUCAUGUGAAGUGCUGAUCUUGUGUGCAUUUCACCGUUUAGUUCCUAUCAGGUUCUUGUUCUUAUCCUAAUCAUGAGAGUAUGAGGGUUUUAGGUUGAGUUAAAUUGGUAGCAUUUGUUUAUAUAAUAACAAUUGUGUUGCAAUGGAAGUAAUUACAAGCACUUCUUCGGUAGCAGCUUCGGAGUUUAUCUCGCAAACUAUAGAAUUAAGUCUGGAACUAGCCUUUGAAGCUAAGAAAGUUUUUGUAGAGAAGGAGAGUUUUGCGGAACUUGCUUCGUAUGUCGAUAGAAUCGUUCCGCUUUUAAAAGAGUUAAACAAAAAAGACACUAGUGAUGCAGAGAACAGUUUUGUUGACAUUCUGAAUCAACAAGUCAAAAUCGCCAAACAGUUGACUACCGAAUGCAGUCAAAAGAACAGAGUGUAUCUUUUGAUAAAUUGUCGGUCGAUCGCCAAACGGAUUAAGGAAAUUACAAGGGAAAUUAGCCGGGCGUUAAGUUUGAUUCCGUUUUCACAAUUGGGAGUUUCGGAAAGCAUGAAACGGGAUCUUGGUCAACUCUGUGAUGUUAUGCAGUCUGUAGAGUUUAAAACAGCUGUAGCGGAUGAAAUGAUAUUGGAGAAGAUAGAGUCAGGAAUUCAAGAACGGAAUGUGGAUCGUACGUAUGCGAACAAUUUACUGGUUUCCAUUGCGCAAGCUCUUGGAAUAUCGACGGAACGAUCUUCGUUAAAGAAAGAGUUUGAAGAUUUUAAGAGUGAGAUAGAAAACGCACAGUUGAGGAAAGAUCAAGCUGAAGCGAUUCAAAUGGAUCAAAUAAUUGCUUUACUCGAACGAGCGGAUGCAACUUGUUCUCCUGAAGAAAAAGAGAGAAAAUAUUUAAAUAAACGGACUUCGUUGGGAAGUCAACCGUUAGAACCACUUCAAUCAUUUUACUGCCCGAUUACCCGAGAAGUUAUGGUGGACCCCGUUGAAACGGCGUCUGGUCACACGUUUGAACGAGCUGCCAUUGAGAAAUGGUUGGCUGAUGGGAGUAACUUCUGUCCGUUAACCAUGAUCCCGUUGGAUAAAUCAUCGUUACGGCCUAAUAAGACGUUAAAGCAAUCGAUCGAGGAAUGGAAGGAUAGGAACACCAUGAUCACAAUUGCUUCGAUGAAACCGAAACUUUCGAAGCCAGAAAAUGAGGAAGACGUGGUUUUUUGUUUGGACGAGUUGCAAAAGUUAUGUGAAGAAAGAGGUGUUCACCGGGAAUGGAUAGUUUUGGAGAAUUACAUUCCUACCCUUGUGGAACUACUUGGUGGUAAAAGCCGAGAGAUAAGGACUCGCACACUUGUCUUACUUUGCAUUUUGGCCAAGGAUAGUGAUGAUGCAAAGGAUAGGAUUGCGAAAGUCAACGGUGUGAUUGAAUCAAUAGUUCGGUCACUUGGGCGUCGAAUUUCUGAAGGAAAACUGGCGGUUGAAUUAUUAUUGGAAUUAUCGCAAAAUGAUACGUUAAAAAAUCACAUCGGGAUGGUUCAGGGAUGCAUACUACUUUUAGUGACCAUGUCCAACAGCGAUGAUACUCAAGCUGCCACACGCGCACACGAACUUUUGGCCCAACUUUCCUUCUCUGAUCAAAAUAUCAUCCAGAUGGCAAAAGCUAAUUAUUUCACGCAUCUGCUGCAUCGACUAUCUUCAGGAUCAGAAGAAGUGAAGAUGUGCAUGGUGACAACAUUGGCAGAAAUGGAACUAACCGAUCACAACAAAUCUUCUUUGUUUGAAAACGGUGCACUCGAUUCACUUCUUCACUUGGUCUCACAAGGAACCUCUAGAAUGAAAGAAACCGCAGCUAAAGCACUUAGGAACCUCUCAAGCUUACCUAAAAACAGCAUACAAAUUAUAAGAAAUGGCUCAGUCAACUCAUUGGUCAAUCUUCUCUACAAUCACACGUCGUCACACUGUUUACAGGACGAGUUGGCAGCCAUAAUCAUGCAUCUUGCCAUGUCAACCAUGUCACAGAAUUAUAACGGGCCACCUGUUUCGUUAUUUGAAUCUGAUGGAGAUAUUGAUAGCCUUUUUUCUUUCAUUGUUUGUACAAGACCUUUGGUGCAAGAAUGUUUACUUCGUUCUUUUUACGCCAUGUGUCACUCGCCUUUAGCUGUUACGGUGAAAACAAAGUUGAGACAGAAUCCUGGAAACAUAAAAUCAUUGGUGCAAUUGUGUGAAAACGAAAACCAGAAAGUGAGAGCAAAUGCUGUUAAGUUAUUCUGCUGUUUAACAGAAGAUGGUGAUGACAAAGAGAUUAUAGACCGCAUGGGACUACAAUCAAUCGAAACGUUAAUAAAAAUAAUAAAAUCUCCCCUUGACGAAGAGGAGAUUUCUUCCGCAAUGGGUGUGCUAUCAAACCUGACUCAGUCAUCUCAACUCACCGAGUCACUAUUAAAAGCAGAAGGACUUCCCGUUAUUUCCUCAUGUCUUCGUGACGGAAUGAAAAACAGGCCCCACAAGAAACAGCUAAUAGAGAAUACAGUCGGUUCGCUUUGUCACUUCACCAUCCCGACAAAUCAGAGUUCACAGAAGAAAGUAGCCGAGACAGGUGUCAUUCCCUUAUUGGUCCAGUUGUUAGAGCUAGGAACAAGUUUGACCAAAAGAAAAGCAUCCAUUUCUCUUGGUCAACUUUCUAAAAAUUCAUUCGAGUUAACUCACCCAAUCCCGAGAUCCUUAGGGGGGAUAUUCAAAUGCUUCUCGUCUCAAUCUGAGUCAGCAUGCCCCGUUCAUCAAGGAAUCUGUACGGUCGAAACGUCUUUUUGUUUAGUGGAAGCUGAUGCAGUUUCACCGUUAGUAAGACUUUUGGGAGAUUCUGACUUGAAUGUCUGUGAAGCUUCGUUAGAUGCAUUGUUGACGUUAAUCGAAGCUGAAAGACUGCAGUACGGGUCUAAAGUUCUUGCCGAAGCUAACGCCAUGCAUCCAAUCAUAAAACUACUGAACUGCCCUUCUUCGAGUUUGCAGGAAAAGGUAUUGAAUGCGUUGGAGAGAAUAUUCCAUGUGUUGGAUUUGAAGCAAAAAUAUGGGAAUUUGGCUCAGAUGCCUUUAGUUGACCUGACUCAAAGGGGAAACAACAGAACAAAAUCUUUGGCAGCGCAGAUUCUGGGUCAGUUAAAUGUGCUUCAUGAUCAGUCGUCUUAUUUCUAGGAAGUUAAAUCGGUGUUUGAUAGGGCUAUGGUUUGUAUUAUCAUCGGUGGGUGGGUAGUUAGAUCAGUUAUGAUUUAUAGUGAAAUUCUUUUUCAUUGAUUUUGUACACAGCUAAGCAUUUGUAAUUUGUAUUAUGUUGUAUAUGUAUAUGACAUUUUAUAGUGUAACAUCCAAAGUUUUCAGCUUCCUUUUAGCAAGAUUUGUUACA